GUAGACUAUUCUCUUAUGGAAAAUAUAAACUUAGGAAUAACACAAUAAUAAAAAGAAUACUUAAUAAAAAUUAUAGAAACAUCCAAACUUUUUUUCUAAAAACUUUUGAAAGUUUACCCGAUAAAAGGAAAUAACAUUUAUUCUUCAAAAUGGCCAGAAGACUGUUUAGGUACUAAAAUUCCUAGAUAUUAUAAAAAUAUAGGAAUUCCCGAUUCGGAUUUACACUUACACGUAAUUUAUAGUAAAGAUGAUAAUAUAAAUUGCUGAAGCCAUUUUUUUUUUGCGUUAGCAGAUGGAGAAAUCGCUAGACCUACUUUUGGAGAAGUAAAUUUUAACAUAUUAAAUAUGUUUUAAAGAGAAGAAAAUCCAUUAACUAAUCAAAUCGAUUUAGAAUCGACUAUACAUGAAAUUUUACAUGUAGUCGGUUUUUCAAAAAAUUGUUUGUUUUUUUAGAUAGAUCAUAUAAUUAAAAAAAUAUUUAAAAAUACAUAUAUACAAAAAUUAUAAAAGAUAAAAACAUACAGAAAUAUAAUAACUGCACUUUUAACGUCAAAAAAUGUAGUAGAAGUUACAAAAAAAUAUUAUAUUUGUAAAACAGUUGAAAGUAUGUAAAUUGAAAAUUAUUUUGGUAAUGGAACUCUUGGCGCUCAUUGGGAAAGAACCAUUAUUUAUAAUGAAAUUAUGACUGCUGCUUAAGUAUCUGUUAAUAGAGUUUUUUUUAUAUUUACUAUUGCUUGCUCAUUUGAAUAUGAAGGACUAGGUGUACCUGAAUUUGACGUAUAUGCGGACGGAUAAUAAGGGAAAUCAAAAGUCAUUAAUUAAACUCUGUAAAAAGCUAGUGGUUAAUUAAUAUGUCCUUUAGAUUAUAAUAGAUUUUGUAAUUAUACUCCUUUAUGUCCGAAUUACUGUUAUUCAAACGGAGUCUGUGUGAACGGUCAAUGUAUCUGCAAAACCGGAUAUGGAGGUAUUGAUUUUUCUAUAUAAUGCUCCGGAGUAGUCUUUAAUUCUAAUUGUUUAGAAUAGUCAUAAUACUCUGUUGGAUGUCUUAAUAAAAUGAUUCUAGUACAUGUAAUAAAUGUGAUACUAGUAAAGGAUAUAGAUUAGGUUCAGAUAAAAAAUGUAUUUUGUGUAAGUAAAAUUGCUCCUAAUGUAAUCCUAAAAAUGUAGCAGAGUGAUUACUUUGUGACGGAAAUAAAUUCAAAAUUUACGGUACUAGUUGUGUAGAAAGAUGUCCAGAUACUAGUUUUUUAUCUAAUAUUAGUAAAAAUGUGAAAAUUGUUCUCAAAAAUGUUAAUAAUGUAAUUAAUCAGGUUGUAUAAAAUGCGAAGAAGGCUAUUAUAUUUAAACAUAAAACUAAGGCGUGUGCUUAGUAUUCUUAUAAAUAUACUAAUUGCUAAUCAUGUGAUAAUUUAUCUUGUAAAAAAUGUUAUAAUGAAUAU